AUGAACGACAACGCUGAACUUUACUCGGAUUUCGGUGACUUGCAAAGACGCGACGCCGAUUACAUUUUGAAAAAAUAUUCAAACUACCUCAAAUUUGGAAAAAAUGCCAAAGUGCUGGACAUUGGGACGGCUGAUGGCACCCUCACAUCACAAAUUUUAUUCCCAAAACUACCCCAAGAUUUGGAAAAAUUGAUCGGGUUUGAUAUCGCCGAAAACAUGGUAAAUUACGCUAAGAAAAAAUGCCAGGAUCUACCGAAACUUGACUUUGUCCAAAUGGACAUCACUUGCGAAAAAAUCCCCUUGAAAUAUUACCAAUCCUUCGACAAUAUUUUCUCGUUUUAUUGCCUCAAUUGGGUCCCGGAGGAAAGCUUUCCCCAAACGAUGAAAAAUAUUUACGACUUGCUAAAACCAGGAGGCCAAGCUUUUAUUACUAUUGUUGGAAAUAGCCCACUUUUUGAUUUUCUCAAAAGGACUUCUUUGAAGGAAAAAUGGGCUCCAAUUAUGUCAAAUGUUGAUCAGUACUUGUCGAUUUUUCACAAAUUGGAGCAUCCCGAAGUUAAAUUAGAAAAAUUCGUGACGGAUGCUGGUUUUGAGAGCAAAUUGUGCACCGUUGAGCAUUUGAGUUACGUUUUUCCGAAUUUUACAUAUUGGUGGGAUUGGGCAAUGUCGAUCAAUCCAUUUAUCAAAAAUCUCUCCGAAAAUGAGAUCGAUUUGUACCGCGAAGACUACAUGAAAGAGGUGAAGAGACACAAGUCGGUUACGAUUCAAGACGGGGAGAAAAUUGCAAUUGUCUACACAAUUCUUGUCGUUUGUGCUUCAAAACCAUGA